UUCUUCCAGUUCUUAGCAAAGCUCACAGCUCUGCUGUCAGGUGAUCAUCACAAGACCAGUGGCUUAAUCCUCCUCCGCUCUACAAAAGCAAGAGCAGAAAUUAGACUCUUCCUUAACGUGCAUGUAACCGACUGGAACACAACAUGAUCCGGCUUUAACUUGUUGUUUCCACACAUAUCAGAACUAUCACUGAAUCUAAUUCGAAGAUACACAACCGGGGACCGUAGCAGACUGCGAUUCCACACUCCUCUGGAGGAACUAAUUGACCGUUUCACUGCUCAGAGUUGAUGUAGAAACUGAUUAGUCGCCACUGACUGGAGGAAACAAACUGGUGAAAUAUGAUGAACGCGCUGGGUCUCGGCCUUUUUUGUUUACUCCUCUGGCCAGAGGCUGCGGAGGCUCAGUUUCCUCGAGUGUGCUGCACGGUGGAGGGGAUCCUGUCCAAGCAGUGUUGCCCAGCUCUCGGCUCUGAUCCUGCCAACGUGUGCGGCUCUCUGUCGGGGAGAGGGAACUGCUCGGCUGUGCGAGUCGACAGCAAACCCUGGGGAGGACCGUACAGGCUGAGAAAUGUUGACGACAGAGAGAGGUGGCCCACCAAGUUCUUCAAUCAGACGUGCAGAUGUACUGGUAACUUUGCAGGGCAUGACUGUGGUCAGUGUAAAUUCGGUUGGACCGGACCAAACUGUGACCAGAGGAAAGCUCCCGUGGUGCGGAAGAACAUCCACUCCCUGACCCCCGAGGAGCUCCAGGAGUUCCUCAACGCCCUGGAGCUGGCUAAGACCACCACCCACCCAGACUACGUCAUUGCCACCCAGCACUGGCUGGGACUGCUGGGACCAAACGGGACUGAGCCCCAGGUCACCAACAUCUCCAUCUAUGAUUUCUUCGUCUGGCAACACUAUUAUUCUGUCCGCGACACUCUUUUGGGUCCAGGUCGUCCAUUCAAAGCCAUUGAUUUCUCACACAAAGGACCAGCUUUCAUCACCUGGCACAGGUAUCACCUCCUCAGCUUGGAACGAGAGCUACAGAGAAUGACCGGCAACGAGAACUUUGCAAUCCCUUACUGGAACUUUGCCACGGGGCAGAGUGAGUGUGACGUGUGCACCGACUCCAUGCUGGGAGGCCGAAACCCAGACAACCCUUCCCUCAUCAGCAACCAGUCCAGAUUCUCUAGAUGGGGGGUGGUGUGUAACAGUUUGGACGAAUACAAUCGCCUGGUGACUCUUUGCAAUGGCACCAGUGAGGGCUCCAUUCAGAGAGGGAUCAUGGAGCGAGGUAACACGUCCCUGCCCACCAUGACCGACGUCAGGAGCUGCCUUGGUAUCAGAGACUUCGACAGCCCUCCGUACUUCACCAACUCCUCCUUUAGUUUCAGAAAUGCCCUCGAGGGCUACGACAAACCAGAUGGAGAACUGGACGAAUCUGUCAACAACCUUCACAACCUCGUCCACUCCAUGCUCAACGGAACCAGCUCCUUGUCGCACGCCGCGGCCAACGAUCCCAUCUUUGUGGUGCUCCACGCUUUCACUGAUGCCAUUUUCGACGAGUGGAUGAGAAGGUUUGUUCCGUCUAACGCCACCUUCCCAGACGAGAUGGCCCCCAUCGGACACAACAGGGACUACAACAUGGUUCCCUUCUUCCCUCCGAUCACCAAUGAGGAGAUAUACGUUACCUCUGAGCAGCUGGGGUACUCCUACGCUGUCGACCUGGAAGACGCAGGAGGACCGACUGUGUUUGUGAUGGGCUCCACUCUGGGGGGAGUCUUCAUCGGUCUCCUGGUGCUUCUCCUUAUCUUUGUGCUGUACCUGCGCCAGCGCAGAAACAGAGGCUUUGAACCUCUUAUAAAAGCAGACUUCACAAAUAGAAAGUACACAGACGAAGCAUAGAUUUCACCUGUUGUUCUGAAACACUACACACCGAAGAAAAAUGGAGCAGCCAGGUUUCUGUACUGUUGGUGAAGCAAGAGGAAAAUGUUAAUCCUUUUACCUCCUAGAUACUAAUUUUGUAUAACAAUGAUGUGAAUCAUGUAGUGUACACUGAAAAAGAAAGAAUAUUUAACUCAAUAUAUGAGUAUGAAGUGAGACCAUUCCUAAUGAAUGUAAAUGAAUGUUAAUAUGA